AUGUCGCUCGCUGACAGUCUGGUCGACGCUAACCGCUGCACUUCGCCAACGAGACCGAGUUCUUCUUGGACGACCAACUCUCUGUUUGCGGACUCGGCAAUCAGCGUCCAGACGCCCGCAACCCAGAAAGAGACAUAUCCUUUUGAUUCAGAAAAUGCGCUCAAGGAGCACGCAAUUGCAGAUCGUCUCAGCGGCUUGGUAUCUGAAAUCUGGGCCUCCGAGCAAGACGGCGGCAUUCGAGGCGAGAAAAGAAGGCAAAUCACAAGGGCUGUAGAGGCGAUCGAGGCCGCAUUGGAGAACGACUCGCUGUCGGGGGAGAGUAGCGAAGCAGAAACGACCCAUCCCACUCGGUCACCAAUCACACCGGAGCCUCCCACAACCCCAUUCAUAGUGAGCGAUCUUGAAUCGAUCCGGACUUCCUUGGCCGCUAGUGUUGAAUCAAUGCGCAUGCGACAACAAGAGCAGCGCCACCUGCAUCAGCUGACAACCGAAAAGCUAGAAGCAGUCGCACAAAGGUGUAUCCAACAGGAAAACCGCCUGCGCGAGUUUGGCAAAGAGAUGGCAAGCCUCAAGGAAGACAACCAGUCCUUAAGUCAGGAAAACCAGGUGCUCCAUGUCCAAUUGAACAAUGCACAGUCCGAGUGUGCCAGGAAGGAGAUUGCGAUCAAAGCGAUGUCGAGCGCCGUGUCAGGGUUGGAGGGAUAUGUUAAUGGCUCUCCCGUUCCAAAGAGGUCGGCUGCUUCUCCGAGGAUAGUCUACCGAGGGAAAGGGAGGUUUCGCGGUCGCUAUUACGCGGACGAGCCCGUAGAAAAGCCGGUGGAUUUUGGUCUUGGUGUCCCCGCCGAUCCGAAGGCUCUACACGAGGGUGUUACGGCGUGGCUUCGAGGGUUUCGUGACGUGGAGGAAGAGUUGAGAUCGGCUCAGGGCUCUGCUCAAAAUCCUCGUGGAAAACAGCAGCAGACCACUCCGAGGAUCCUCGAGGACGACUGGGGCGAUUUCGAGACGGCCACUAGUACAUGA